CCGCGGGUAUGCUUGUCACUUUACAUUCCCCCCGCCUAGGGUUCUCUUCUUUCUCUCACCGUUUCUCUCUCUCUCCGCGCCCCUGCAUGGCGGUUUCGUUUGUCUUAGCAAAAUUCGUGUGUAGUUCAUUACCUCCAUACCCCUCUCUCUCUCUCUCUUCUUCUUCUGACAUAUAUUUAUAGCUGAAGAGUCUGAUUCAUUUCUAAUUAGGGAAGCUCGUAGUCUAGUCUCUCUAAGUGUGGUCUGUGGGUUUGAUUUGCUAUUAUUGUUCUGGGGGCUCCGUUGUUUUUGCUAGAAAAUAACAUCUCUCUCCUUCUUCUUCUUUGAGUGGUGUUGUGAUCUCUGUAGUUCUGUCCUGAUCAAAGUGUUUAUAAUCAUAUGUGUGUUUCAAUUCCUCGUUUAUUAGUCAGUUGGUUCGUCAUUCGGGGCUCGUUGCAGAUCCUUAAAUAGGUGGUAAAAAUUGUGGAUCUGAGGGACAAAGGAUCAUCAGAAUCGGAAGACAUGAAUACCCACACCCCAGAUAGGGUUUCAUCAGAUGGAAAUCAGUUCAAGACCUGCGCUGAAUGCGGUACCAGCAAAACCCCUCUUUGGAGAGGUGGCCCAGCUGGCCCCAAGUCACUAUGCAAUGCAUGUGGGAUCAAAAGCAGGAAGAAGAGAAGAGUGAUUCUGAGUGUUAACAAAGAGGACAAGAAGCCCAAGAAGACAAGUAGCACCAACACCCAACAUCAGAAACAGAAUCAAAAUCAUCUUAGUUCAGGAGGCGGUAGAGGCAACAAAUUGGGCGAAUCCGUGAAAAGAAAAUUGUUUUCGCUGGGAAGAGAGGUGGUAUUGCAGAGACCCAGACCCAAAUCAAGAUCAACAUCAACAGCAAUGGCAAAACAGAGAAGGAAGUUGGGAGAGGAAGAACAAGCAGCCUUUCUAUUGAUGGCUCUUUCAUGUGGCUAUGUUUUUGCUUAUUUUUAGUGUUAGUAGUAGUUUUUGACAUUAGAAAAUGGACAAGUUUGGGAGCUAGUUUGUUGUACCCUUCUUCUCUCGAAGUGAAAUUUGUUUAAUUUAUUCGAAAUUCUCUGUUUUGUUGAAAUGGUG